AUGGUACGAGUGACCAUUCUCCAUCCCGAUCUAGGAAUUGGUGGCGCUGAAAGAUUAAUUGUUGAUGCUGCAAUCGGAUUGCAAGAAAGAGGUCACUCAGUUAGAGUUGUUACCAAUCAAUACAACAAAGAACAUUGUUUCCAAGAAACUUUGAAUUUAGAUAUCUGCACUGUUGUACAGUGGAUUCCUCGUUCUCUCUUCGGAAAAUGCCAUGCGUUUCUGGCAUAUUUGAAGAUGAUUAUUGCUGCAUUUUACAUAGUUUUUUUCAAUGGUGAUGCAGAUGUUAUUCUUUCGGAUUCUGUAUCUGCUGGUCAAUUCGUUCUACGAUAUCUUUCAAAUGCUAAACUUAUUUUCUACUGUCAUUAUCCUGAUAGACUUCUGACUAAAAGAGAAAGUCACUUGAAGUCAUUCUACCGAGUGAUCAUUGAUUGGAUCGAAGAAUACACGACUGGACUAGCUGAUGUUAUUUGUGUCAACAGCAAAUUUACGAAAGGAGUGGUAGUUGAAACGUUCAAAUCUUUGCAAUCCAGAGAACUGACAGUAUUGUAUCCAUCGCUGAAUACUGCAUUCUUCGACUCCGUUCAAAGUUCUGAUGAUCUUGGAAAGGCUAUAAAAAUAAACGAGAAAUACAUUUUCACUUCUUUUAAUCGGUUUGAGCGGAAGAAAAAUGUGAUUUUGGCAUUGGACGCUUUUGCUCAACUGAAAUCGAAUCUCGCAUCUGAUCAAUUCGCUAAAUGUCAUCUUGUGAUUGCUGGUGGAUAUGAUAAGAAGAAUCCGGAGAACAUCCAACAUUAUGAAGAGCUCAAAAACCAUCAAGUCAACCUUGAACUACCAGAUAAUCAGGUCACAUUCCUCCGCUCCCCAACUGAUGAACAGAAAAUAAACAUCAUCCGAAAAAGUCGAGCUGUUCUCUACACUCCUGAUCGGGAACAUUUUGGGAUUGUACCGGUUGAAGCAAUGUACUUAGGAACUCCAGUAAUUGCUGUCAACACUGGUGGCCCACGUGAAACAGUACGAGACAAUGAAACAGGAUUUUUGGUUACUCAAACUGCUGAAUCAUUUGCUGGGAAAAUGAUUGAACUUCUGCAAGACGAGGCUAAAUAUCAGAGAUUGAGUGAAGAAGGUCCGAAAUGGGUUCAACAAAUGUUUGCUUUUGAAGCAUUCUCUCGGAAGUUGGACGAAAUAGUUCAAUCUGUACUUUAA